GCGCCGCCGGCCUCCGGGCCCGGUCCCCGCUCUGCGCGUAACGAUGUGCUCUCCCCGCCCUUGCGCCCGCAGCAGUACAGCCGGCUCAAUUCCUCCAGCCAAACCAACAGCCUCAAGGAUCUGCUGCAGAGCAAGAUUGAUGACCUGGAGCGGCAGGUGCUGUCUCGGGUGAACAGCCUAGAGGAGGGCAAGGGAGGGCCCAAGAACGACACCGAGGAGAGGAUCAAGAUUGAGAGCGCCCUGACCUCGCUGCACCAGCGCAUCAGCGAGCUCGAGAAAGGUCAGAAGGACAGUCGGCCUGGGGAUAAGUUCCAGCUUACGUUCCCCCUGCGGACCAACUACAUGUAUGCCAAGGUGAAGAAGAGCCUGCCCGAGAUGUACGCCUUCACUGUGUGCAUGUGGCUCAAGUCGAGCGCGGCGCCCGGCGUGGGCACCCCCUUCUCCUAUGCCGUGCCUGGCCAGGCCAACGAGCUGGUGCUCAUUGAGUGGGGCAACAACCCCAUGGAGAUCCUCAUCAACGACAAGGUGGCCAAACUGCCCUUUGUGAUCAAUGAUGGCAAGUGGCACCACAUCUGUGUCACCUGGACCACCCGGGAUGGGGUCUGGGAAGCCUACCAGGACGGCACCCAGGGUGGCAGUGGCGAGAACCUGGCGCCGUACCACCCCAUCAAGCCUCAGGGUGUGCUGGUGCUGGGCCAGGAGCAGGACACUCUGGGUGGCGGGUUUGAUGCCACCCAAGCGUUCGUGGGCGAGCUGGCCCAUUUCAACAUCUGGGACCGAAAGCUGACCCCGGGGGAGGUGUACAACCUGGCCACCUGCAGCGCUAAGGCCCUUUCAGGCAACGUCAUCACCUGGGCCGAGUCCCACAUUGAGAUCUUUGGCGGAGCCACUAAGUGGACAUUCGAAGCCUGUCGUCAGAUCAACUGA